AUAUAUAAAAACUGAAGUCAAAUAAAGUACACAUAGCUUGUAGACGAAACAUUUUAUGUUUAGCGGGUAGAAGAUUAAUAUCAAGAUGAAAGCAUCAUUGCUAAUGUUGUGCAUGGUUAUCACUUACACUCAGGCCGCCUGUGACAAACGCCGUUCUUAUCCUGAAGACCAAGCUAAAAAAGAUAAUGUGAAUGAAGAAACCCCAGAACAAGAACUCUCAAGAAAAAUAAGAGAAUUUCAAAAAGAAAGGAGAGAAGCAUUCUUGGCUGGGAAACCCUAUAAAACAACUACCUACGAAAUUGGUUUCGGUAAAAAUUCAGUCCCCAAAAAAAUAUCUGAAGUUCUCGAUACAAGUGCUAUCAUUGAAAAGCCAAAAUCAUCUUGCAACAAUAAGUCUAUUAAAAUAAAUCAAAAAAAAAGAGAGGUCGAAGAAGACGAAGAACAAGUUCUAGGAAGAGAAGUAAGAGAAUUUAAAAAAGAAAUGAAGGAUGCUGAAUUGGCUGGGAAACCUUUUAAAAGGGAUACCUUCAGCAUUGGUGGCGAAGAUGAGGCCGUUGUUAAAUAAGUAUCAGUAGGAGAUGUGCCAUGGAAUUAUAGGUAUGGUACAAAAGGUAGAAAUAAAACAAAAACACCUUACAACAAUAAGUCUAAUAAAAGAAAUAUAAGUAAUAGACAAGUUACUAAUAAUAAUAUGGGAGGAUAUUUGAGAAGGAAAGUGAAACCUAAUGGGUGGAUGUAGUAGACAAUUCAUGUGUACCAAAUUUAACUAUGCACACAAUAUUUUAUAUUUGAAAAAUCAGAAUAUUAGCAUUGAAAUCACCUUGUAAUAUAUAAAUAACUCGAAACUUAAAUAAAUGCAUAGAAUGAAUAUACCAGAAAUGAACAUAUUUGGUGGUGAAAACCAAGUAUAACUUUUUUUUGGUACAUUCAUUGUAUUCACAAGUCACAAAAA